UGCCGGCUUCGGGCGGCCGGCUUCGGGCGUGUGGGAACGGCGGCGUCCGGUGCCCGCGCCCGGCCCGCCCUGGCCGCCCGCGCCCGCCUUCCCAGGACAGAGGAGAAGGACUGGAGUCCCGCGGAGCCGCCUGCGCGAGGGACCCGCAGUCUGGAGCAGGAUAAAAGAGGCUGCCAUGGCUGCAGGAGUCUUAGCUCCAGAUGAACAACCGUAUUCCACACUGGCGAAUCACAGUGGAUAUGCUAUGAACAUGGAAGGAAAUUCAGGACGCCCAACACCAAAGUACACGAGAGUAGGAGAGCGUUUGCGGCAUGUCAUCCCUGGACAUAUGGCAUGUUCCAUGGCGUGCGGCGGCAGGGCUUGCAAGUAUGAGAACCCAUCCCGCUGGAGCGAGCAGGAGCAAGCCAUCAAGGGGGUUUACUCAUCCUGGGUCACUGACAGCAUCCUAGCCAUGGCCCGGCCGUCCUCUGAGCUCCUCGAGAAGUAUCAGAUCAUCGAGCAGUUCCUCAGCCAUGGCAUAAAAACCAUCAUCAACUUGCAGCGCCCAGGAGAGCAUGCGAGCUGCGGGAACUCUCUGGAGCAAGAAAGCGGCUUCACAUACCUUCCAGAAGCCUUCAUGGAGGCUGGCAUUUAUUUCUACAAUUUUGGAUGGAAAGAUUACGGUGUAGCUUCUCUUACCACCAUCUUAGACAUGGUGAAGGUGAUGACAUUUGCCUUACAGGAAGGGAAAGUAGCCAUCCACUGUCACGCUGGGCUUGGUCGAACAGGUGUUUUAAUAGCAUGUUAUCUAGUUUUUGCAACAAGAAUGACUGCCGAUCAAGCAAUCAUAUUUGUGCGAGCGAAGCGGCCCAAUUCCAUACAAACCCGGGGACAGUUGCUCUGUGUCCAAGAAUUCACCCAGUUUCUGACCCCUCUCCGCAAUAUCUUCUCCUGCUGUGAUCCGAAGGCACAUGCCGUCACCCUAGCCCAGUAUCUGAUCCGCCAGCGUCAUCUGCUUCAUGGCUAUGAGGCACGGCUUCUGAAACAUGUACCAAAAAUUAUCCACCUAGUGUGCAAACUGUUGCUGGACCUGGCAGAGAACAGGCCAGUGGUGAUGAAGGAUGUGUUUGACGGACCCGGUCUGUCUGCUGAUAUUGAAAAGACAGUGUCGGAGAUGGUUACGAUGCAAGUGGAUAAAGAAUUGCUGAGGAACAGCAGCGCUGCGUCUGACCCAUUUAGGCCCCCGGCAGGAGUAGCAGAGUUUGAGACUCAGGACACAGUUCUUUCCAAUGAGCAGGAGUUUGGCCCACUCUGGAAGAGGCGGAAUGUUGAGUGCCUUCAACCCCUGACAUGUCUGAAAAGGCGACUCAGUUACAGUGACUCAGAUUUAAAGAGGGCCGAGUCUCUCCUGGAACAAGGGGAGACCCCGUGGACGGGACCGGCCCAGGUCUUGCUCUGCCACAGCUUCAAGCAGCAAAAGGCCAUUGGCCACUGUCCCGCAGCACAGUCUCCAGAGGUGGACAUCAGUAAGGAUGCAUCCGUCCAUGGUACAUUUUCUUUCUGGAAUCAUUCCAAGUGUGGCGACAUGCAAGAGCUCAGAGAGGACAGGCUGUCGCGUUGCCCCAGGAGGAGCCCUGCCAAGGAGGUGCAGCGGAGCAGAACCUUCUCUGUGGGUGUCUCAGGCUCACCUGGGCCUGGGGAGCAAGCCACACCCAGCUGUGCAGAUGGCCAGAAGAAUCCGAGCACUGCUCACCCACAGGUGGCCCACUGUCAGUGUGAAUCUCAUGGUGGCUGGGGCCUCAGCCCGGUCAAGGAGGGUAGGCCUUUCUGUAGCCCUCUAGACUGGAGCUCUGGGCCCCAGGUACAGUCCCCAGGUGGGCAUGAAGCUCAGGAGAGCAAAGACCUUCCUGAAGCAGCAUCAGAACUGAGUGUGGAAGCACGAAGAAUACUGGCGGCAAAAGCCCUGGCUAAUUUAAAUGAGUUUGUAGAAAAGGAAGAAGUGAAAAGGAAGGUAGAGAUGUGGCAGAAAGAACUGAAUUCCCGAGAUGGAGCCUGGGAAAGAAUAUGUGGUGAGAGAGACCCUUUCAUCCUGUGCAGCUUAAUGUGGUCUUGGGUGGAGCAGCUGAAAGAGCCCGUGCUCACCAAGGAGGAUGUGGACAUGCUGGCCGAAAGCCAGGUGGAGGCCGCGGAAGCCCUCUUCUUGUUACAGAAGGGACAGCACCAGACCAUCCUUUGCAUCUUGCAUUGCCUCGUGAACCUGAAGACGAUUCCUGCGGAGGUGGAGGAAGCUUGCCUCGCCCAUGCCAUUAAAGCGUUUACUAAGGUUAAUUUUGAUUCUGAAAAUGGACCAGUAGUUUACAACACUCUGAAAAAAAUAUUUAAGCACACAUUGGAAGAAAGAAGAAAAAUAACAAAAGACAGUGCAAAGGCUGGCUUCUAUGGAAACUGAGUUUUCACUCAUGCUGCGUAUUUCGGAGCAGACCUGAGGGCUCAGAUGACCUUUCUGUUGCACGAGAAUGAGCGGAAGUGUGUGCAGCUGCUUUCUCUCGUAGCAUUUGAUUUUGAAUGCUGUUGGUUUGUGCUGAGAAUGCUCAUCCCUGUUUAGAGGGAUUAUUUAUUUAAAAAUAUCUUUGAGCUACAUUUCUGUUUCGAAAAUUUGCCACAAGUUGGUGCCACUUUGUUUUAUUUAUUUGACUGAAUGAAUAUUAUUAACAUUUCAAGUACAUAGUGUUUACAUUUCUUUUUGACGUUUUUGGAAGAAGUUGUAAUUCUUCUUUGCAAAAUACUUACUGUCUUGCUAGAACUCUGCCUGGAGAUUAUACCAAAUGGAUGAUUUUAGUAGCAACACCUCACUGAGUGUUCAUCCCUCCCACCCCCAACGUAAGAAUCCUGACCUAAGAAAAUCACCAAGUGUCUUAAACUGUUUUAUAUUUGUUACUGAGAAGGCUAUUGAUAUAACGUUUUUAAGGGGGUUUUUUUUAAGUGUUUGAAAAUUUCUGAUUUUUGCUUUUCUUUUUCUAACUGUGAACCAAGAGUUCCAAAGUUGCUGUUUACCAGAUUGAUUGGGUCGACCAGGAAGCGGUGGGGGUAUUUUACUCAUAGAAAGCAGAGCUGCUUUUCCGUGAGGCUUCCAGAUGCCCCAUCAGCCUUGGCUGCCGUCCCAAGAGCAGCUAACCAGCUAAAAGCAGACACACCAGGCUGUGCCACAUCAGAGGCAGGCAGUGGGCAACAUGGCUCCCAGGCGGACUUGUCUUUGUCCUCCCAGGAGCUUCACAGCCUCCCAGGAGCUUCACAGAAGGGAUGCUUGUGCAAGAUGGAGGUUCUGGGCCAGCACUUCAUUCUGACACUGCAGUCUGCACUGGAGACUGGUGGGGCUAGAGGAAUUCAGGGUCAGGCUGCUGUCUGCUGACGGGGUUUUAACCAAGAAGCCUGGUCUAGGCCCCAUAUUUCUAAAUAUAUAUACCCACACAGGCUAAUCUCAGGGCUAGGUUGUUGGUUGCUUUCUGUUAGGAGAAUAUGAUUUUUUUUAAGUGAAUUGGACCCAUUCCCAUUGAAUUCACACUGGUUUCCUUAAAGGCCAAACUUUAGAUCAACAAUUGAAGCCAUACUUUUUCUUGAGUUAAUAUGUGGCAAGAACUGAGGCCAAGGCACAGAAAGAAUCAUUUUCCUAAGAAAGGGGAUGUUAAGCGCAAUGCUUGCAAAUUAAAGAAGUUAGUACUUAAAAGAUGGAAUUUCAGGGGAAACAAGACUAAUUUGGAACAAAUGAAAUUUCCCCAACUCCUACAUCUCAAAUUUAAACUCUGGCACAUGAAAAAUAUUUUAGUCAUUGUUGGUCUUGCUAACACUAAUGACAAAUGCUAAAUACAGUUUCUUCCAUACCAUUUGCAUUUUCUUAGGAAAUCAAAUCCAGUGAGUGUUAAUGAACUGUCUUACCUGCUUCUGAACUAUCUUAUUUUCAAAGUGCCUAGCAA